AUGCUUGGUGGCCGGCAGAAUCCUAGACCACUUUUUACGGAGCUGUUCUCCGUCAUGCGGUCUGGCUCCUGGGGGUUUGAACUCGUUGUAUGCCAACAGGACGAGCUUCCACAAGCUCCCCUCGACGGCAUCUGGCGUCGCUGCCUCGCUGCCCUCGCCGCCGCCACUGCGACGCGGCUGCCCGAGCCGCCGCCGCUGCCACCGCGACUGUCUCUUCCGCCGCCGCCACCGCCCCUGCCACCGCGACUGUCUCUUCCGCCGCCGCCACCGCCACUGCUUCCACCCGCCGUAUCAAGUACGCCGGAACUGAGUAGACCCAUCAUGAGCGACUCAGAUUCCGCUGAAAAGGUUGGAGCGUGGGAGAAGAUCUCCACGGCUGAGAUGGAGGAGAAAUUGGACUCGAUGCCCACGGCGGGGGAGAUUGACUCCAACUCCACGGCUAGGACGGAGAGCCGCCAUAUCCCGACGGCUGUGAAGGAUAGCCACCAUAUCCCGACAGCUGUGAAGGAUUGCCGCCAUAUCCCGAUUCUUGCGAGCCAGGUGCCUCUUGAUUCGCAAUCAGGGUUUAUGGACUCCAUUAAAGCUUUCACGGAAAAAAUCCAAAAGAUCUUGGAGUUUCGUGGAUCACAUAUACUUUUGGCUCUAGAGGCAGAGUUGGAACGAGAUUUGGACUUGGUGCUACAACAAGAGGAGUCCUUAUGA